UACAAUAACAGAUUUAAGUGCAUCAAAAUGAGUUUCAAGAUUGCACUAUUGAUCGUGGCGUAUUUUGGAGGUUUGGCAGCACGGGAAAUUCCAAUCAAAAGACAAGUAGAUCAUACGACUUUAAGCAAACAGGAUCACGUGCCUGCAGAAACCGGUUUCCUAGCAAAUCCAGCAGCUGCUGUUCAUGCUGGAAGUAAAUUUUUCCAGGAUAUUUAUGUAGCUAUGGACAAACCGGACGAACUCGAAUUUGGUCACGUAAGGGAAACGCCUAAUGAUUGGGAGCAACGAUAUGAAAAAUUAAAUUUGGAAAAUCUCAAUAGACAAGGAAAGGUAAGAUGGGGUGACAAACAUGGAGGAUAUGGCGAACAUUAUUGGGACUACAACCAUGCUGGACAUAAUCAUGAUGGUGAAGGUGAUGAGAGCCGUCAAAACUCUGAGUAUGCCGAAUAUGAAGAAACGAAACAUGUACCGGUUAUAUCUUCCCCUCAACAACAAACCUCAAGAGAUAAAAGAGAACCUACACCAUCGAAUGAUGUUGAGUUUAUUAAUGAUAAAGCCAGGUCUUUAAUACUUGAUGGAAAUGUUAAAAAACAUGGAGGAAAUUAUAAAGCCGUGAAUGAUAAUAGAGGAAAAAGAGAACAAAAUAGAGUAAAUAAACGAACUCCUACGAAUUUUGGGCAAGCUUUGGUUUUUAAUGCUGACGAAGGUGUCGUAAUAGAUGAGCAAACGGGAUUACGCUAUCAACUGAGCCCAUUUUAAGAAGCAUCGAUACCAAAACAUCAAAACUACAUGAAGACUUCCUAGUUUAAUUUUUUUUUGUUACCUAGUUUUAGUACAAAUUUUUAUAAUAAAUUUAUCUUUUUAA